AUGUCCAAGAUAUUAGCUGUACUGGGCGUGCUGGUAGUCAGUGCACCCACGAUGGUUACGGCCGCAAGGGACACGGCUAAGGCUACUGGGACGAGCACCAUGGCUGCGAUGGAUGCCCCGAGCCAGUCGUGGUUGGGCAGGAUUCGUGUGGUACAACACCAUGACCGAUGCAGACAACAAGGCCUUCAACGAGCCAGGUACCUUGGCGCUGCAGCUUCCGUGCGAUGGCAGCAGGGGUUGUUGUUCGGCAUCGGCUGCAAAAACAGCCAUGGCCUCACUUGGUCUGGUUCAGGGGAGGGUGAUGCCCAUGGUGUGGCUGCAUUGCAAGAUGGGCCGCAUCAACAAGAGGGUGCCCUAAGGAAGAGUCAUAUGGUCAUUUUGGUGACUGAGGAUGCUGGACAAGAUCUCGUCACCCAAAGCAUGAAUUUGUGGAACUUGGCAUAUAUUCCUUGGUUCAGGGGCUCGCUGACCACAAGGACCAACUUGGAGCUCCUCUCUGCCCUUGCAGGCAUCACGACGACAAGGCCGCUGAGGCGUAGCACGGGUUUUAGAACUACCUGUGUGUUCCCAUGCAAGAAUGUGAUCAAUGAGCAACCCUGUCAAGUUGGCCAAAUAAGCAAUCCAUGGAUGGAUUCUAGCAAUUGAUUCAUCCAUCUAUCCAUCCAUCUCUAAGGGAAGAAGCAGAAGAAUCAAAGAAGAUGGCAAUCUCUAUGAGCAGCCUGUCAUUGAUAUCGGAGGGAUGAGGGCAACUUUGGAUCAUGUUGCCUACGGUUCCUCUUCCUAUGACACCGCAGCCGCUACAACUU